AUGUUAACAUCCAAAAUACUGGGGGGAGGGGGGGGGGGAUCAUGGGCAAUUGCUGAAAUAAUUGGAGAGGGAACUAGGGCUCCGGCAGUGGCGAUACUGGGUCCGUCAAUUGCGCCAUCAAGUUCAAUUCCUGCACAUGCAAACAAUUCAAGGAAGGAGCAGUUGGCUGAAUGGGAAAAAUCCAUACAAUCAUCAGGAAAUAGGAGGAAAUUAUCAUGGGCUGAUGAAGCAGAACUUCAGGAGAAACAACAAACUCAAUUACCAUCCUCAGUGUGGGAUAAUUUUGACAUCGCGAAAUUUACGAAUGCUGGAUUCAAGCUAGAAUAUGUAAGUCCAGAAAUUGAGGUCGAUCGACAAAUUGGGGAAAUUGAAGCAGAGGACAUUGAAUCGGAGAUCGAAUAUAGGAGGAAUGUAGUUGUUUGCUAUGUCCUAGGCGUGUAUCCACCAUUUAAUGUUUUAAAUAGCUAUUUACAGAGGAUUUGGGGAAAGCAUGGUAUCGAUAAGAUCGCAAUGCUAAAAAAUGGAAUUGUCAUGGUUCGAUUUGAUAGUGAGGUCGGGAAGAAUGAUGUAAUUCAGGAAGGGAUUUUCCACUUUGAUAAUGAACCAUUUAUUGUCAAAGCUUGGAUUGCUGACAUGGAAUUCUCAAAGGAUGAACUAUUCACAGUUCCAAUAUGGAUUAGAUUACUAGGGUUAGAGUUCAAGUACUGGAGUGUCAAAGGCUUGAGUAAGAUUGGGAGCCCAGUAGGGAAGCCAUUAGUGGUUGACAAAAACACAGAAAAGAAAUUAGGAUUGAAUUUUGCAAGACUAUUGGUGGAAGUAAAAAUUGGUGAUCAGAUUCCGAAGACAAUCUAUUUCAAGAAUGAGAAAGGGGUGAUUGUAGAACAAAGGGUUACUUGUGACUGGAAGCCUUCUGUGAUGAAUAAGGCUAAAGAAGUGGGGAAACCUACACCCGAGACUGAUACAAUGAAAAUAGUUCAAGGGGGAGGAAGUCAAAGUAUAGGGAGUACAAGCAAGCAGACAGAGCAAGUAGCUACAACCGAGCCACAAAAUCAAGUUGAAACAGGCAGGGAUAACAGAAGUGGGAAAGAUACACAAAAUCCAGUGAUGCAGGGAGAUGAGAGAAACAGGAAACAACAGGGUACAGGGUGGAAUCAUCCACAGAAACAUGCUAAUGUUCAUAUAGUUAUUAAGGAUGUGGUGACAGUAACUAAUACAUUCAAAGCAUUGGAAAAAAUUAGGGAGGAAAAGGAGAAAGGAAGUCAGGGGAAAGUGGGUAGCCAAACAUCUCUCACCAUGAGAGAUGGUUAA